AUGGAUCGGUUGAAAGCCAAGCGUUCAGCCCGAAGAGCCCAGAACACGCGGCUGAUUAACGACGCCAACACGAUCUUGAAAGAUCCACAGACAGACUUAGGCAGGCUCCACGCGGUCAAGGAUCGGCUGUCUGCCAGCAACAUCGAGCUAGACCGCAUCAACGAGGAGCUGGAGCCACUAUUUCCAACGACGGAGCUGGAAAAUGAGUACGCUUCUGCAGCCGAAUGCCAAGACCACGCCAUCAGUGUUCUCGCAGAGCUGCGAUACAAGAUCGAACACCUGGAGAUCGCCAGACGUAACCCUGUUCCUCCUACAACGGCCCCAUUACAAGGCGCUUCUGAAAGUAUCACCCCAGUGAGUGGUCCAAGACUGCCGAAACUAGACAUAACCAUUUUUAAGGGCGACAUCAGCCACUGGCGCACUUUCUGGGAGCAAUUUGAUGGAACAAUCCACUCAAGUCGGGCAUUGUCUACAACUGACAAGUUCCAUUACUUACGACGCUACCUCGCAGGCGAUGCAGCAUCGGCAAUUGCCGGGUUACCGACGACCGAGCGGUGCUACGCAGAUGCUAUUGAACUCCUGAAACAGCGCUUCGGAGAUCCCAAAAGAAUAGAGCAGGAACACCUAUCAGCACUGCGAAACCUUCCUCAGAUUCGAUCUUCGGUUGACACCCGGGGUCUUCGCAAGCUUUAUGAUACAACGCAGCUGAACAUACGUUGCCUCAACGCCCUAGAUGUUCCAACUGCAAGUUUUGCGGCAAUGCUCAGCGACAUUCUGAUGAAAGCAAUGCCAUAUGACAUCGUCGUGCAAUAUCAUCGGCAAGUCAGCUACAAGCUCUCAAGCAACGCAAAUUUGAUGUAG